AUGGCAUAUAAAAAUCAGGUUAUCCCACGACUGACCAAGAAAAACAAGUUCAUUUCUAUUGCUGUGGCUGUGGCCCUUUCGGUUGCUUACUUGAUCGGGGAAAUGAUUUUGAAGCCGCCAAGAAAUCUUCGCCAUAUCCCUUAUGUAGGGUAUUUUAGCAUCAUCAAAUCAAUGAUUACAAAUGAGUCUAAAUGGAAUCGUGCUUACCGAGUACAUCUAGCAGAAAUUGACAAGCCUAAUCACAAGGGCUUACUUUUGGAACCCGGUCCACUUGGUUGGGAGGUUCUGGUUUCUAAUCCUGAAGAUGUUAAACGUAUCUUAUUAAAGCAAGAUUUGUUCUCAAAGACCAAAACGAGUCAUUGCUUAGAGGAAACUCUGUUGGGAAAGUUUGCCUUACUUCCCAAUAUUGUCUCUUUGAAUGGACACGCAUGGAAAUCUCAAAGAAACGUAGCCAAUCCGGCUUUCCAUCGUUCAAUGCCUAUUAAACUAUUUGGUAAUUUAACCCGAGAUUUGUUUCAUGUGAUGGAGACUAUGGAUGAUAUCGUUGACGUAACUGAUCUGAUGGAAAGAUGGACUUUGAAUGCUAUUGGAAAAGCUGGUUUUGGUUUUGAUUUUAAUGCCCUUAUUGAUAAAGAUAAUGCUUGGGUGAACAGAUACAAUUCUAUUAACAUAGGGAUGCGUGAUCCUAAAUUCUUUGUGUUUCCAAAGCUUGAUGGUGAAUAUAAAUGGUUGUUUCCUAAAAGAGAGAAACUUCAUAAAGAACUAGAACUCUUCAAGGAAAUGCUUGCCGGUGUAAUUGAACAUAAAAAAAUGGCGAUAAAAAAUAACAUUUUAACCGGUGCACCUCAAGAAGAAGAAAAGGAUUUGCUCACCCUGAUGAUUGAAAGCGUUGAAGAAGGGAAUGGUAUUUUAACCGACAAAGAAUUGAUGGUACUCUUGAUAUUUCACUUUAUAGGACAUGACACUACAUCCAAUGCUUUGUCUUCUGCAAUCCAUUAUUUAGCGGAAAACCAGGAUAUACAAAAGAAAGCUAGAGAUGAAGCUACCAGUAUCUUAGGCGACAGUCCAUUUGAUGUUCUACCAAAUGCUGAAGAUAUCAAGAGAAUGACCUACAUUAAUCAGGUUAUUAAAGAGUCAUUGCGUAUCAAUCCCCCUGCUGUUCAGGUGGUACCGCGUGUUGCUGGUGAAGAUACUGAGUUGUCCGGCACAUUUAUUCCCAAAGGAACUCUGCUUACCGUCAGUAUAUUCAAUCUUCAUCAUUCAGCAAAAGUGUGGAACAAUCCCGAUAAGUUUGAUCCUGAAAGAUUUUCUGAUAAAGGAGAGAAUUAUCGUGGUCCCGGAGAAGGGUUUUCUUGGGCUCCAUUUGGGAAUGGCGCAAGACAGUGUAUCGGUUUAAACUUUAGUUUAAAUGAGCAAAGAGUCCUACUUUCUAUGUUGCUCCGUAAAUUCACCUGGUCGACACCUGAUAAUUCUAUCCACAAGAACGGAUUGAUUAACACUGGCCAUAUUGUUGUCGGACCCUUAGAACUGGACAUUAAGUUCUGUAAGAGAUACUAA